AAUAAUGAUAAUAGUAUAAUAAUAAUAGUAAUAAUAAUAAUUAUUAAUAAAGUUAUUAAUAAAAAUAAAGAUUAGUCAUAACGACGAUGGUAAUGAUGAUAAUACUGAUAAUGGAUAAUACCAAUAUAAAUAAACUAUAAACCAGAAAGAUAAAAAAGAAAGAGGGAAAGAGAGAGAGAGAGAGAGAGAGAGAGAAAGAGAAAGAGAAAGAGAGAAAGGAAGAACAUUUAUAUCGUAGUCGUAUAAGCGCUAAAAAAAAGGGGCUAGAAAACGUGUAGCAUUUUUGGUUUUUCUACUGCGCGCUUUAUAGGAAUAUAUUAGAGGCGAGACUCGUUCUUUUUCAAAAAGUAGGAUAAGCAACCGUAAGUUUUGGUCUUUAAGGGCCCGUGCUCGAUAAAAAAUAAAAGGUCCAAAGGGUUUGUGGCCUGUUGAAUUUUAUCGAGUUUAUUUUUAGUAGUUUUGUUUAACAACGGACGGUACAGGUGAAUGAGGAUAAGAAAAAAAAAAAAAAACCAAAUAAGCCAGGCGAUAGAAAUUAUAAAAAAAAAAAAAAAAAAAGAAAAAAUAAUGACUAUCCCAUCUCGUGCUUAAAGCGACCUGUUAUGAUCUUGUAUGUACGAAUGAUGGAAUAUCGAAGAGAAAAAUCAAAUAAAACGUUAUACGAUGCAAUUUUGUUGAGAAUGCUUUUUCUUUCAUUUUUUGUUUUUUUUUUUUCCUCAUUUUGCAGAAUUUGAAUUAUUAUACCGAUCAUCGAUAUAAUUAAGAUCUUCAUUAUCGACGUAAAUUAUAUAACUUUUGUUUCUUUUUUUUUUUUCUAGUCAAAUUUCGUUUCAAUAGAAUGUACAUUGAUCGUACAUAGAUACUCGUGGCAGUCGAGUUUGUUCAUUCGCUUGAGAAAGAUCUGUUUGAAUAUAUAUAAGAUAAUAAAAGGAUACAAGAUAAGAAGAGAAUUAAUAAUGCAGGUGUAUCUACAGUUCAUUGUACUUCUACUUUCCAGUAUUAUAACCGCUACGAUUAUAGAAGACAGUCAAUAUUGGCAUAGAAUAGCACAAAACGAAUUAGAAAAAUCUCUUUUAUAUCGUUGGAAUACAGGUAAAGCGAAAAACGUGAUAAUAUUUGUCGGAGAUGGCAUGAGUCCCGAUACCAUAACAGCCAGUAGAAUUUAUCGAGCUGGUGAAACGAGUAAUCUCGCUUGGGAAAAAUUUCCACACAUUGGUUUACUCAAGACGUACAAUACGAAUAAACAAGUACCAGAUUCGGCGUCCACAGCUACCGCAUUAUUUGGCGGAGUUAAAACCAAUUACGAAGUUGUAGGUGUCGACGUUAAUGUCAAAUUGGGAGAUUGCGAGGCUAGCUUGAAUACAAGUUAUCAUGUUGAAUCCAUUAUUGCAUUGGCACAAGCUUCGGGCAAAGCUACAGGAUUUGUAACAACGACAAGAGUAACCCAUGCAACACCAGCACCUCUGUAUGCACAUUGUCCAAAUCGAAGAUGGGAAUGCGAGGCAAAGAUGCCUAAAAAUAUGACCGCUUGCAAGGAUAUUGCAAGACAACUCGUUGAGAACAAGCCUGGUAGAGACAUCAAGGUGAUAAUGGGUGGCGGUAGGCAAACCUUGAGAUCUAACGUUAAGUCUGGUAAAUACGAUCCGAUUGACACGUGGGCUUGUUAUAGUACAGAUGGUCGGGAUUUAAUAAGAGAUUGGGCAAAGGAUAAACAAGAAAGAAAGAUUGCCUUCAAAGUAGUCGAGAAUAAUGAACAAUUGUCAAUGGUUGAUACCGAGAAGGUUGAAUAUUUGUUUGGUAUAUUUGCCAAUGGUCAUAUUAAAAUGGAUUGGGAAAGAGAAAAAGGUCCAGAAGGGCAACCAAGUUUGGAAGAAAUGACCGUGACUGCGUUGAAGGUUCUCAAUAAAUCAAAAAAUGGUUACGUAUUGGUGGUCGAAGGAGGAUUGAUUGAUUUCGCUCAUCAUCGUGGCCAUGCUGCCCAAGCUUUGCUAGAAACCGUAAGAUUUUCUGACGCAAUUAAUGCUACUAUUAACAUGAUCGACACGAAAGAAACUUUAGUUAUUGUAACUAGCGAUCAUGGUCAUUCUAUGAGCUUCAAUGGUUAUAGCGAUCGUGGUACAUCGAUUCUAGGUAUUGCUCAAAAAUCUAGACACGAUAAAAUACCCUACACGACUUUAACAUACAGUACCGGAGGUCCAAAUAAUGCAGCUUAUACGAUAAACAGUACUAAACAUUUAACAAGAAUCGAUCCGUCUACUUAUGACACCACAGCGUUCAAUUAUAGUCAACAAGCUGCUAUCGUAUCCGACGAAGCUUAUCAUGGAGGAGGAGACGUUGCAGUUUAUGCUAUUGGUCCAUCCGCGCAUCUAUUCCAUAGCGUUCAUGAGCAAAAUUACGUUGCCCACGUAAUAAGGUAUGCUGCUGAUCUAAAAAAUUAUGCGAACGGUAGCGAACAAAUUAAUCUUCAUUACACUGUACUCGUAAUAUCAAUCCUGUUAGGUAUUACAACUAUGUUAACUUUGUGCAAAGGAUAAAAAGUAAACCUCUACAGUA